UUGAUUAAACUUGAGCUGUUUUUAGUUUUUUAUUUGGACUUGGCUAACUUUCUACUCUGUUGUUUUAGAUUAUUAACAGGGAAAAACAUCAGUUCUCAGAAGGAUGCUGUGGAGGUGAUGGACCUUCUACACGCAAUGGGCCCAGACACAGUCGUUAUUACUUCCUCUGAUCUUCCCCCCAGACUGGGAGACCGCUUCCUCGUCUCACUGGGUAGCCAGCGUCAUGUUCGUCCAGAUGGAAGCAGGACGACACAGAGAGUUCGAAUAGAAGUCCCCAAAGUGGACGCUGUCUUCGUAGGAACUGGAGAUCUGUUUGCAGCCAUGCUACUUGCAUGGACACAUCAUUACCCCAAUGAUCUAAAGACGGCCUGUGAAAAGACUUUUUCAGUGAUGCACCAUGUUAUCCAGAGGACCAUAUCUUAUGCUCAUGAGUUGGCAGGUCCCGGUCGGAGGCCCAGUCCGCCUCAGCUGGAACUGAGGAUGGUUCAAAGUAAAGCCGACAUAGAAGAUCCCGCUAUAGUAACGGAGGCCACCAUCAUAUCCUAACAUUGACAUCUCAUAAGACUCGCAUUAAGUCCCCCACCCUCUUCACCCCAUCGACUUCUAAAAUACUGUAUCUCAAUAAAUAAUAAUAAAAAAAGAAAAUGCCAUUAGCUUCAACAUGUCACUAUCCAGACGUCUCAAACACUUUAGUAUCAUAACACCUCCCUCCUGUGAUCCUGAAACCUUUAUCCCUUUAAGUCCUCAGUGUCGUAACUGUUUAAACCAGACACCCCCCCCCUCCCCCUCCCCCCACUUGUAACUACCAAGUUGUUUUGCCCCGACCCCGUUCUGGAACCAGAGCCAUGGAUAGACUGAAACUUGGAGCUGACUGGAUUGUGCCCACUUAUGCUGACAGUAGCUGUGUUUCCAUUAAAUAAGAAACACAAUUAAAAUCACAAUUGAAUAAGUUUAAUUAAAAACGUAACAUGCCAUGAUCCUUCAAAUACAUGUUACAUCGCCCCCCCCCCACCCCCCCUUUGUGAGGAGAAGGGGAGUAACACAACAACCACAAAAUAUUCGACAGAGUCCAAGUGAAUGUGAUAUAAAAGAGGGAUUUAUUUACAACAAAAAUCCCAGAAAGGCUCAUACAAGCUGUGGGGGAGAAAGGGACAGUUAGGUGGUGCCAAAUUAAAGAAAAUAAUAAAACAAAACAGGGCCUAACUACCGUCUGUGCUGAAGAAAAGAAAUAGAAAACAAAAACCCUGCUUACCUGAUCUAACAAGUUUCCACCAAAACUUUACAUGGGUGGCACCCACCUACUAACCUAGUGUGUCUAACAGAAAAAUACCUACGUGAUGGAAAUGUACAGGAUACUCCAAACUUACCUGGUCCUCUAACUCCCACCACAAACCUUUACACAAAGCACCAGCAACAAGACAUGUGUGAGCUAGCCAGCCAGAUGGAGCAGGCUCAGUUCCCCAGGUGGGCUGCUUAUAUAUCCAGGCUCCCUAGAUGCUGAUUGGCCCAUGGGUGGAGAGGAUCAAUCAGGGGAGAUCGACACCAGCUUCCCUACAACCUGUGAAGAGAUAAACAAAGGAAGGGGGAGGGGAAAGGAAAAGCACAAACAGCCUGGCAGGCAUGUAACAUACUUCUUUGUUGUUGUUUUUUUGUCAGUUGUAACAUCCAGUUGUUGAUCAUUUGAUUCAAAAAAGUAUUUCCAUUGCAGUUUCCUGGAAUAAAUCAAUUUUGAUAUAGUCAAAAAAAAAAAAAAAACACCUCAUCCUAGUGCCAAAACCUUUUAUAGAGAGGAUGGAGUUUUUUUUUUAAUUGGUGUGUUUCCAUGAAGGGAAUUUAUUUUCAGAAUGUCAACUUGCGCAAUUAUAUGGUCAAUAGAAACACAGCUAGUGACGCAGUAUUGAACCUCACUCUCAGUGUUGCACUUAUGUGGAGGCUAAUCACACAAGCACAAAUAAUACACGUUGCCUUGCAAAAGUAUUCACUCUUUAUGUAUUUUGUAGCGCCUGACAUACCUUUGCAAGGUUUGUCAGGCGCUACAAAAUUAUACUUUUUUAAUUAGUUAUAUGUUAUCAUUCUGAUAAUGCACAAUGCAGUAAACACCACAAAAUCUGAUAUUUAAUGUAGCAUUUGAUAACAAAAAUCAUUGAAAUAAAUUAACUUUAUUUACGUAGCACCAAUUCACCACAAUGUCAUGUAAAUUGUACUUGAGUAGAAAAGUAAUUUCAUUUCAAUCACACGUACAUUCCAAUAUAGCUCAGUUAUCAAAUAGAUAAUUAAACUCAGUUUAUUGUUGAAAUUAGCUUAAAAUGUUUCUAUCUAAGGAAACCCAGCAGAUUGUUUCGAGUCAUUGACUUGCGGUCUUCACUUUGCCUGGACAGACUGACGGUAAAACUACCCUUUACCAGGAAGAAAUCUCCAGUAGAAUUAGUACCUGGCUCAGAACCAGGGGUCUUCUGCCAUGACUGACUGGGAGUUUGAGAAGGCAGAGCAGAAAAACAAACAAACCAAAAACACAGGAAAACUAAUGUAGACAUCAUAUUAGACCCAUUGCAGAUAGUAUUUCUGAGUUUUUUGGUGAAAAUUUAAUCCUCUUUUUUCCUGAGAUUGCUUGCAGAUAUUUGCUAGAAAAAACAAGGAAAUUUCUGUGAUUAAUCUCAAAAUUUACAGUCGUAACUUUCUAUGUUAAUGAAAAUUUAAAAGUUAGUCACAAGCCCAUUUAGAACACUCUCCUGAACCUCUCUGGUGAUCUCUGACUCUGACCACAGUGAUUAGUCGCUCUAGCUAUGGCUCUGUCUUCCUUUUACUUUAACCCCUUCUCCCCCAGUCUUACAGCAGUGACGUAAUGGUGACCAAGUCUAACCCUCAACAUAAAGAAGAAAAAAAACUGCACAAUGUAUAGUUGAUGUAUAGAUGUUGUACUAUAAUUGUAUUGGACCAUCUGUAUGAUAUCUGAUCUGUCUGCUGGACCAUUGUGUUAACGCUAUUGUAAUAUAGACCAGAUGCACAACAAUAUCACUAAGCAGAGACCAUCUGGGCUGGUUGUGGCACAGCCGGACACGUCAAGUCAUUGUAACUUCUUAGUAAAUGUCUGAUAGUCGUAGUGUCAAGUUGAGCUUAUUUCAUGAAGAGAAAACUGGGCGGCAGAGAGCUGUUUCCAACCCAGUCGGCUUCCCCAGUGCCAUAACCACCCCACAUCAUGUUGGCCACUUAACGGCCCAGUUCUGACCCAGAACCUUAUGUCUUAUAUCUAACCCUAACCUUUGAUAUGCUGCCUUUAGCUAAAUACAUAGAUUUUGACUGAAAUUAUUUGUAUUUUCUUUAGAUUUAACCACUGAUGAUGGUGCUUUUAUGGCCUCUCUUCCUUUUUUUUAUUAUUGAUGUAUGAGUACAACAAUCAGCUGCAUCUCUGUUAAUUACUGCAGCAGCUCAGAUGAGGAAGUUAUAAUGAGUCUGCAGAGUUUCCUGGACGGUUAUUUAGUUUGUCUGCUGCAGAAGAAACCCAGCCGUCAAGUUAGGAGGUGUCGUCCACACAUAAUGAGUUCUGUUUCAGAAAACUAAACUGGCAUCUACAUCAGAAGACAAUGUGGGUAUAAUAAUAACUAUGAUGAUAAAGAUGUGAGUAUUGAAAGGAGUGACUAUAAACAUGUUGUGUCUUAUUCAGGAAAUGUCAUACAUGUGCACAAUGCUGGAGGGCAAACAGGGCAUUCUUUUACUUGCCAUCCAUUGCUGCGCUGCCGCAGUAGAACAAUUCUGUUAACUAAAUGAAAUCUGGAAAUGUAGUUGUUAAUUCAGUGCAAUGCACAAUGUGGCAAACGUUUUUCAACAGAAAAACUGUUCAAAGUGAUCAUCUGGACACAGUGGUGCUUGAUUAGCUAAUUUAAACAUCUGCUCUACUGAUGAUUAGUAAGAAAGUUGGUGUGGGGGUCGUCUUUUUUUUUUUUUUUUUAAUGAACCCAAACACCACCAGUUAAGGCCCUACUUCCCUCUCCCUCAUCAUUUUUUUUUACUUAGAACUCUUUACUGACCUGUGAAAUGUGACUCUCUUAGACCUUUUUAUCUAGUUGUAAUAUUGACAAUUAGUAGCAAAACACUGUGUCGCUUUUUCUUUUAUAUAUCGCAUGUACGUUUAAGAUUUAGCGCCUCAUGUUGAUAGCUAAAACUAAUGGUAGUUAUCAUCACCAAGCACUUUUUCUUGCUCCUGUCGCAAGCUGCAAUGUGGGAUAAUCCAUUUCUAGUGUUGUAGAUUUUGAGCAAGCAAAUAUGAGAGAUUUCUGAUUCCUUUGAAACAGAAACGUGAUGGAGGGGAGCAUUGGUGGGUCCCAAGUAAGAACAAUCAGGUUGUGCCAAGAUAAUGAAGCAGAUUUUCUUUAGCUGUCCUUGUUUUAAUACAUCAGUUUGAUAUGUCAAUAUUCAGUGGCAAAAUGUAAGGACCAAAAUUUCUUGUUCAAAUUUGAUCAGUCAGCAAAUUUUUUUUUUAGGAGCAGUAAAUUCUUUUGUGUUGGGGUUAAGCUUUAAAAUACUUUUAUUAGAAAAAUAUACAUUAAAAGCAGAGACUUUAGAAAGCUCUUGAAAAGUCCCACCCAAGUGGAUAUAAGGUUCUGGGCCGGUUUGUAAUUCUGUACUGCUGUUGUGUCUCUAUGAAGUGUUCUGUGAUACUGCCUUAGGAAGCUAAGAUCAUAACACCACAGUCCUGCUCAUUCAGAGAGAGGUGGAGGGGGGAGGGAAGUAUGCAUGAGUUGUCUUAAAUGUCAAUGUUUUUUUUUUUGUUUGUUUGUUUCUUUUUUUUUUAGUUCAUGCUCCUUGGUAAAAUCUGAAAGAUGCUUUAGUUUAGGUUUGUUGGGCCCUGAAAUUUGACCAGAAGAGCGGAGCGUGAACAAAAGUAUUUACCUUACUCUAACAAGACUUUAAUUAAAGAGAAGAAAUUAGAUUUUGGAGAUAUAACUGCAAAGCUUUUUUUCCACCUACUGGUAGAUAUACAUAAUACAUUCUGGUACAUACAGGAUUCCUAUAGGGGUACUUGGAGGACACAUAACUACAGGGUGCUUCAGGUUUUAUUUUCCAUUAAAACAUGUUACAAAGUGUUAGCCAUGACAGUGUUUAUUAUAAUGGAAACAUCCAGUUAGUCUGGGUUUCUUGAUUGUAACUGGGGGUAAGUUCAAACAAGUCUUGAUGUUUAUGGUUGUUGGAGUAAAUAUUGACAAAUGUUUAAUUCAUAAAGUAAAAUCUAAUGAAUUGAAUGAAUCAUGCUCAUCUAUUUCUAUAGCAUACAACCCUGGUAGUAUCCAAGAACAGGAUGCAACUGGGUGGUAAGUGAAUACUCAUAACCCCAGUGUACUUACAGGGUACACCUCAUGAUCCACCUCCUGGUAUACCCUGUAAAUACAGCAGGUUGUGACCAAAUGUAGCCUGUAAGCAUUUUUUAAGUAGGCUGCAGGUAAAUUUUUAGCACAGACAAUCAUGUUGUCUCAAAACAGUCUGAUGCACUUCAACUGAACGAUAGCUGUACUAUUGGUACACUCUAGCCAGGUAAUGAAGCAGAAAGGGUGUGUGUCCCAUGUGUCUCCUUUGACAGUAUAUUCUUCAUUAUGUGGGCGUGAAUAUGGGCGGGCCGUGACAAUGCAGGAGCAGUGGUUGAUGUUGCGAUGAUGUUUUGUGUGUGUACCAUUGGGCGACUGGUUUCUCCAACAUCUCUUGGGAUAUAUUUGUUGCCACAAUUGAUAGAAAGGUUUGAACCUCAAGGUUUCACCAUGGAAUUACCAAUUUGCAACUUGUCCUCUUCGCCAACUACUACAAUCUUGUCGUGGAUUGGUUGAGAAGUUGUUUGAGAAGGAAUUUACAGGACCAAUCAAUGAAUGCAGUGUGCUGCCAAUCAAAACACUGAUGUGUGCAAUACACGGCUUGCAGUUGUGGAGAAGGGGCUCAUGAGAACCAAAUAAGAAGUCACCACUUACUUUAUUCCAGUCCCCCACUGUAUGCAACCCCACCAGUGUUUACCCAGGAGGUAUUCUGUAAGAAUCGCCAAUAGGAAUCCUGUAAGUACCAUUGGAUGUAAUAGGCUGGUACCAUAGGUACCUUUGAAGGAUUGUUCUGACAGUAACAUAAGUAUGUUAACUUGCAGAUUGCCUGUAAAUAAGCUGGCAGGUACCAUGUACUGGACUGUUUAUUGUUGUCCCUUUAAAAGACAAUACUCCUUCUCAAUUCAUAAACAUAAGAAGGAAAACUUUGAAAAUUGAAUGCAAGAAUCAGAUUUUCCUUUUAUUUUCCAGAAUUCAGUAAAAAGUCUUGGCUGUAUAAAAGAUGGCUUUAAAUGGAUAAUGUCCCUUCUUAUUACUGUUUUUUCAUAAACUUAACUGUGUAAUUUUAAAAAGGAUGAAAUUGUUUAAAUUCUUUAACAAUAAGAGAUUUUUUUUAUUCUGGUUUGAUUAAUCACCUGAAUGCAAAGGACAUUUUUUUGUAAAGUGAGGUGUUUAUUUUAAAGAACAAAAUCAUAUCUUUAUUUACCUGGUCUGGGGAACAAACAGCUCUCUGACCAACAUUAAAAUACAAAAUUUUCCAAAAACUGCUGUAGUUUCUCUUGAUGUCAUAUUGUGCCACUGUAGCACCAGUUGUUCGAUCAGUAACAGACUGCUGUGUCUUUGUGGUUCUGGCCAACUGUGUCUCUUGGUUCUGUGAGGAAUCUCUGCAUCCGCUGUGUUCCCGGAUCAGAACCCGUCAGCCUUUUGUGUCUGUGUGUGUGAGAAAGUGUUCAUACAUGUUUAAAGUCUUAUGGAGACAGGGUCCAGUGUGUAUGAGUGGGAGCUGUUUAUAUAUGCUUUUGGCCAUUAGUUGCUGUUCCUACCUUUCCCUCCUCUUUGUUUCCACUUUGCUAGUCAUUUUUGGUUUCAGAAACGUUCAUCUUCAUUAAGAGAUUAUUGACAAACGAGGUGCACUUUUUGACGUGUCUCAUAACUUUGAAAACAUGAACUUAUUGACCUGAAAACACCUCCCUCCCAUCCUAUAACACAACUUGAAGGAAUGUGGUUCCAAGAAACCAAAUAAUGACUUUAGUUAUGUGGUGCAGCCUGUUUUUCUCCACUUAUUCCUAAACGAAGUAAAAACAUCUCAAACUGCUCCAAAUGGACAUUUUUGAGCAGAUAAAGUAGAACACCAGGGUUCCUGCACAGGGAUGAAAUGGAGUAUGACAUUUUCUUCUCAAAUCCCCAGAUAAGUAUGGAAAGACAUUUGUAUUUCCAUAUUCUGUUUAUCUUUAUUUGCUCAUAAUUAAAUAAUGUUAUAUAUUCACAUUUAUUUAAAUCUGAUAAGCAACAACUGUUUCCACUGCAAGAAUAAUUAUUAUUCUUUACAUAUAUUCUUGUUUUAAUUUUAAUAUUCUUGUUUGAAUUUGAAGGCUUAGGCAGAAAUAUUGAACAAAGUUGGACUCAAAGUGCUGUUACCUUCCAGCAAGAAGGUCCUGAAUUCAAAUCCUGGCCAUGGGACUUUAUGCAUGGAAGCUGCAUGUUCUGUCAUGCAUGUGUGGAUUUUUUCUGGGUACUCCGGCUUCCUCCCACAGUCCAAUAACUUCAUUUUUAGAUUAAUUGGUCUCUUACGUGACCCUAAGUGUCAGGGUAUGUGUGUGUUUUUGGGGUGUACAAUAAAUCGGUAUCAAUAGAAAGCCCCAAAUUUUCUUAAUAUUGGAAAAUUGGUGAUUGGUUAAUACUUCCAUGAGAAACCAAUCUAAUUCGCUAAUCUUAUCUUCAAAGGUCUGAAAAUCAGCCGCAGUACCCUUCUGCUCUGCUGUGAGGUCACAUCUUGCACAGUUAGCAGUAUUGGCAGCAACAGUUGCCAACUUGGCAUCUGACAUCGGUUAAAAUCGGAAGUAGCAUGUCUGGCAUUUUAAAGAUCGGGAUCAGCCAGAAAAUUGCAAUCGGUGCAGAUCUAGACUUAGUUUCAAAAUAUUGUAUUUAAAGAUGAACAAAUUCUACUUCAACAUAUUUCCAGUGGUUUCUGAGGUUCAAGUUGUCUGAGAUGUAACAAACACUAGAAAAAACAUCUUCCACACAUUAUUCUAUAAAGUUCGUUGUUUAAAAUCCAACAACAAAAAAUAACAAAGUGGAAUUGCAGGACUGUCCCCAUUUCUGCAAUAAAAACAUAUCUUUAAGUGUUGUCUGGUGAAUGUUUCUCUAUACAUGUAAAACAAAAAUAGCCUCAAAGUUGACUAAACUUUGGACCCCCUGGUGCAGGGCUCCAGGUCCAGGGGAAAAUGUGCUGGAACCCUGGUGCACAAAUUAAAAGGCUGCAAGACCUUAAGCCACUGUUCUACCAUCACAAUUGCUGCUUUUCUUUCUGCUUUAAUAUAUUCAGACCUGAUUAAUAUCUUCAUUUGUGUCAGUAGUGGAAGGGCUAUUCACUACUACAAGCUAUUGUCAAAAUUGAAUGAACUAACAGAAAAAUGCAGCUUUAGCAAAAAAAAAAA